AUGGCUACUUCCAGGGCGCGCCCUAGCGCUACAGGUUGUGUGCCUGUCUACGGUCCGCAGUGUCACAAGUUCGAUCCCCGCCUCGACCCAACCAAGAGGUUUAAGAAAUGUUGGUAGUGGCAACCCAAUUUCGAAAUCCCCAGCCAUCACGUACAAGGACAGAUAUGUCACUAGAAUCAGUCCACUGAUUAUCAAUAUCAGGAUAGGACCCCGGCUAAUCGACUUGGGGCGCCGACGCCGCUCAAGCGGUACCAAGGCGUAGUAGGAAGAAAAAGAAGAAGAAGAAGAAAUUGGCUACUUCCAGCAAAAUGAUGAGCAGUUUCUAGCUUAAGAUAGAUCUGGAUGACGUCAUUUUUCACAAAUUAAAAAAGGCCGUUUUUUCGUUACAAAACCACACCCUCUCAAAUGAUGUCAUUCCAGUCGCCAAAACACUUCAACGUCAAAUUUGGAGCAAAGAACUGGUUUUUACAUCAAAUUUAGAGCUUCUCCUAACGUGCAUGCCAAGAAGAUUCGUGUGGACAAACAUUUUUUUUUAUCGGAAUUUUUAUCGGAAUUAAGAAUUUCAAAUCUUCUGAUAAGAGUAAUAAUGAUUUCUAUGUUUCUACUCCACCAAAAAACCUCAGACUUGAGCAAUCAAUUUUCUUUUUUUGAUCACAGAAUUCCCAAUAUCACACCUUCAACUUGAAAAAUAUUUUAGGUAACUUCCAUUUUGAAAUUAUUCUAUGUGGAAUUCUCUGCUUUGAAUUUGUCAAAAGUUCUGUAGUCUCCAAAUAUUUUAAUAGUUCAAAUCCUCAAGGCUUCUCUCUGGAUAAAAAAAAGCUGCAUGAAAACUGAGGGACGCUGAAGAACCUGAGAAUUCCGACUGGUCACUCAAAACUCUCUCUUCACUCUUCUCAAAUUGACCUUGGGACAAGUAAAAGUACAAUUUCGAGACGUCUUUCCGCCUAGCCAAGCUCAAGCUACAUAAAUUUUGAGAGGCCUGAAGAAGCUGGGUUUUGGUCACUCAGGAAGCUUUCCCGCUACUCGGAAAAGUACAUAUGCUUAAGUAAAGUAAAGCCCAAUUUUCCCAAUUCUUUGUGACGAGCCGAGCUCAAGCUACAAAGUAUGAAACGCCAGAGAAGACUAGAAGGGUCAUUAUUAGGUCGCUCAAAAGAUUUAUUGCUUCAAAGGUUUUUGAGCUCAAACUAUAGACUACGCCCCUAAUAUUGGUCAGCGAACCAAAUUUCCGAACGGUCAGGUCCAGAGUAAACUACACACAGACUAGAUUGCAACCGGUCACUCCAGAGGUACAUCAGAAUGCGUUUACACUUCCAAGUGUCCGUGAUCUCAAGGGCUUGUUCUCAAAACACAAACUCUUACAAAAAUUGUGAUCGAAGAAAGGGGUCGGUAAUUCAAAAAGUUAUUCCACUCCUACCAACUUGGCCGUGGCUCGAAGAACACCAAUUCACAGCUUCUGCCAACCUAGCCGAGAUCAAACUACAUAAAAACUAGGGAAAAAGAAGAAGCCGCGGAAAUCAACUGGUCACUCUAAAACAGAGUUAAAAAAUGCUUCCACUUCUAAUAACUUGCCAGAAAUCCAAUUUUCAAGCCUCAUCAGGUUCAAACUACAAUCAAAAUGUUGAGAAGUGCGAGAAAUUCAAAUGGUCACUCUAGAGAUCACUCAGAAAUCUCCAAUACUUUUCGCAGGUAUCACAGGGCCGAACUUAUCAGCUCAAACUACAGCCAAUCCACUCAUCUCAUCAAAAAAUCUUGUUGUUAUUCGCCAACCGACUUCUGACGUGAGUUCCUGUCCGUUGCGCAGCAGAAUGAAAAAAAAAAAAUAAAUGGCGCAUCAAUUUCUUUUUUUUUUGCUAUCUUCCUUGCUCUUCUCGACUCAUUAAGCGUGCAAGCCCGUCCCGUCGUUGUGUCUCUCUUUUCGCCGAAUUGGCUCGGCAAUUUAUGCCCCAAGGCCAAAAAAUGUGGAGGUGACGUGAGUCGUUCGGCCGGGGGAUGA